AUGUCGAAGGUCAAGACUCGUGGAACACCGAAGUUAUUCGUUCGUAAUCGUACGAUUUAUUCGACGAUUCGAUCUGAAGCCAAAGGUGAUCACAAAACGGACGAAAUGUUGAUUAUUGUUGACUAUCUCGAGCAAUCAAUGAUUGCUCGAGAUAAUCAAAAAUCGAGACUGAAGUACGGGUGA